GCCUGGAAUUCGUGCUGAUUAACGCCUUAAGAUGCGUUCAAACUGACGCCGGUCCUUUGGAAGAGGAAAGGGUAAAGUUACGUGAAUCGCGUCUCGAGCUGCGGCACAGGGCUGCGGGGCUGCUACUCCGGGGACUCCAACGUGGUCGUAAGAUAGUUCGCGAAAGAUAACGGCCAAAAAUGUACUCACUGGAGUAUCUCAAAAGCCCGGAGCUGGUAGUGAAAGUCCAGGAAUACUUUGGAAUCGUUUACGAACGGAACCACGCGAAUGGUGUCCCUUUGCCGAACGGGAAGUCGGCGACUCCGACCCGAAACGGUGUGCAAAGCAAUGGAUUGGCGAAUGGGUGCGCCACCGGAAAUCAUGGUGGUGACAAGAAGAAGAUCGAUGAUAAUGCUUAUCGUGUGACUAACAAUUUUUGGUACGUGCUGUUCAUCGUGGGCACCGAACUAGGGGAUGAGAUCUUCUAUGCCACAUUUAUCCCUUUCUGGUUUUGGAACGUAGACAGUGCCGUCGGUAGACGGGUGGUAAUGCUGUGGUCCGCGAUUAUGUAUGUUGGGCAAAGCCUUAAGGACAUUAUACGGUGGCCACGACCAACGUAUCCUGUGGCUAGGUUGCAGAAAAAGUGGGGCCUGGAAUACGGCAUGCCCUCGACACACGCGAUGGUCUCGGUAGCGAUUCCCUUUUCCGUGUUGAUCUAUACCUACAAUCGGUACAUCUACUCCUUGCCCAUCGGACUGGCGAUAGCGGUAGUUUGGUGUUCGGUGAUUUGCGUAAGCCGAGUUUACCUUGGAAUGCACAGUGUAUUGGACAUUAUAGCAGGAUUGUUGCUGGUAGUUUUGUUGAUGAUUCCUUUGAUUCCGUUAGUGGAUCGAUUGGAUAUCAUAAUCGUCACAUCCCGUUGGUCACCACUGUUCGUGCUAUCCAUAUCGAUACUGCUGAUUGUGUUUUACCCGGAUUCGGGUAAAUGGACCCCAACCAGGGGCGACACAGCGCUGACGGUAAGCGUUUGUGCCGGCAUCGAAUUGGGUGCAUGGUUGCACUAUCAUUUGGGCGAAUUCCAGCAACCGAUACAACCACCACCGUACGAAGUCAUCUGGCCGUCGUACUCCAUGCUCGGGUUGUUACUGCUGCGAACCGUCCUUGGUCUGUGUUGUAUCGUGGCUUCGCGUGCUUUCGCCAAAUCGAUUUCCUAUGCGUUCGUCUGCUUUCUGCUCGGACGAGACAAGAACGAGUUACGCCGAUCGGAGAACACACUCGAGAACAAGAACAAAAUUAUCGUCGAACUGUCGUACAAACUGUUCACCUACGGUGUGAUUGGCUUCAACACGCAGUACCUGUUACCCAGUGUAUUCAAAUUGCUCAAUAUCGGGCGACCGGAUUUCUACACGGAAAUCUAAUUCCACGUGAAACAGCUAGUGUAGUUAUCGCAAAGCGCAACACGCAUAACAUUCCAUCCACCACCCUGGCUCUUUAGUUUCUAGGACAGCAUCAUCACCAAUCUUCCAGUAGCAAAACGAGCAGUACAAACAGGACCGUACUGAUUUGGGAAUACACAGAACCCGUUCUCCACUGGCUUAUGCUACGCAUUUAUCAAGCAACUUUGAAUAGCGUCACGAUUAUCGCUACACUCACUUGCAAUAAUCUACUUUCGUAGUAUACGAUACAUGUGAACAAAUCAUAUGACAGAUUUGUAGUUUCCGAUACUCCUUUUCAGACUCUAAUCUCACUUUCUCCACGAGCACAGUUUCAAAGUGUUUGUGCGAAUAAGGUUGUAGGUAACAGCAGCACAAAUUGCCACAAAGAUCUACAAAUUCCGACUUACAAUAAUGCGAUUAGUUCAUCGUUCAUCAUCAUCAUGACCCUUAAAGGGCUUCCUGGGCAAUGCGAAGGGCUCGACGGAAAUCGGGACGAUCGUUUGAAAAGUUCGAGCUUACUUAGCGCAACUGGCAAACCGCACACCAAUUGCAACGAAUUCAAACUGCCCCUAGUACGACCAAAUCGUAAGCAGCGUCCCUUCCUCGUAAGGUCCUAACAUGGGCCAGCAAAUGCAAAGUAUUCUAGUCUCCGCGAGGAAAUGAUAGGAGAGAGCCUGCGACAGUGGAACAGGGGCAAUAAAGUGAACGAUGUUUUUGCUACCACUGGCAGCAAAGGGCAGAACGUUUUGUAGCUAAAGUUUCAAAGACAAAUCAUUUCGUAACGAAUUAAGCUUCACGCGAGGUAUAGUUAGUGAUUUGGUAGUGUGUAGUGAGGUCGAGGGAGGGAAUAAUAAAGGAAACUAAAAUCAAAUUUGCUUCCAGCCGUUUUGACCAAUCGCGUCGAAUUCAAAUGACAUGAAA